AUGCCAGUUGUUUUGGAACCAAAUUUUAUGCAGCAGCAGCAGCAGACUGCCAGGAUUAACCCAAGCCAAGGGUUUGGACUAGUCCAUUCUUGCGACCUGACAUAUGAUAAGAUACCGAUUGGAGCAGGAGGUUUUGGAAAGGUGUACCGGGCUCAUCACAAAGAUUGGGGAGAUGUAGCUGUGAAGAAAGUUCUUGACACAGAAGUUCCUGAAAGGCAAAUGAAAGAACUUGAGAAAGAGGCUAGAAAACUUGGGAGCAUUAGUCAUGCAAACAUAGUGCGACUAAUAGGUGUGGUAAUGGAGACCAAUGAAUAUGCAUUGGUUAUGGACUAUAUGUCCCAUGGGUCUCUCUUUGACUUUGUACAAGACCAUGAAGUGCCUUUCCCUCUCUUAGUUCAGAUGAUCUACCAGAUAAUCCUUGGGGUUAACUACCUCCACACACGUAACCCAGCCAUUCUUCACCUGGACCUAAAAGGACAAAAUGUGUUGGUGAAUGAGGAUUUUAAUAUUAAACUGUGUGACUUUGGACUGUCCCAGUGGAGGUCUUACUCUAGAUUAUACUCCAAAAAGCGGGCACCAUCACGUGCUGGAACAGCCACUCAUGUGUCCCCAAUACAAUGGGAUGACAUUAAUAGUCAGCCAAAUGUUAAGUUUGAUGUCUAUGCAUUUGCUAUUGUUGUCUGGGAAAUUCUAGCCAAGGAAACACCUUUUAAAAAUGCAGAUGUGAAACUUAUUGGAUUUAGUGUGUCCCGGGGACAGAGACCUGAUUUGAAUAAAAUACAAGUACCUCACACUGAAGCCUGGCUAAGACAGAUAAUAACUGACUCUUGGAGUCAAGAUCCAAACAUGAGACCCACAUUUUCAGAUCUUAAAGGAAGAGUGGAUCCUAUUAUGCAGAGAUAUAAAUUGCAAAUUCCGGCUGCGAAAAGACAAUUGUCAGAGGAAUGCGAAGCUAAAGCAUGUGAUAAUGGAUUUAUAUGGAAUCCUGAGGAAGGUGCUGCAAAUAACCUGAAGAUGAAUUGUCCCAAGUGUUUAAAGGGCACUUGUUAUGGAUGCAAGAAACAUGUAGUGGGAAGCUGCACACGAGACUGGAAGGAGUCAAACGAUCCCGAGUUGCAGGCUCAGGGACUGGCUAAACACUUGGAGGAGAAUGGUAUAGGUGAGCCUUCAGUUUGGAGAAGUCCCAAAUAA